AUGUGGAGGAGGAUACAGGAGACAAUAAAAGAAACAUCAGCUGAAGUCCUGGGAAAACCAAAAAACACUAAAAAACCGUGGUUCAAUGAGAGGUGUGAGAAAGCCCUAAAUCAAAGGAAAAAAUUUAGAAACUUGUACCUUAAUGACCCUUCCCAUGAAGAAAACAAAACAAAGUAUAAUGAAAGCAGAAAAGAAGCAAGUCGAACCUUUAAGUAUGAAAAAAGAGUCUAUACGAAAAACAUUCUGGAAGAAGCAGAAAAAUAUCACAACGAUUCAUUAACACAUAUACAUAAGUUACUAACCCACAUUUGGGAGCAGGAAGUACUACCAGAAGGUUGGAAUGUCGCUGUCGUAUGUCCAAUCCAUAAAAAAGGUGAUCCACAAAUAUGUAAUAAUUACAGAGGAAUUGCCUUAUUGAAUGUGGUCUACAAGAUAUUGUCCUAUUGCAUUUUAGAUAGGAUUAAACCCAUUGCGGAAGAGAUACUGGGAGACUAUCAAGGUGGUUUUAGACCCAACAGAUCAACAACAGAUCAAAUCUUCAGCUUAAGACAGAUCAUAGAAAAAUCAUGGGAAUUCAAUAAAAGCAUAUGUAUACUAUUUGUAGAUUUCAAAAAAGCAUACGAUUCUGUCCACCGACAUAGUCUAAUAAACAUAUUAAAAGAGUUUAAGUUCCCGAACAAACUAAUAAAAUUAAUUGAGGCCACUCUGCAAAAUACAGAAAUCAAAAUAAAGGUAGCAUCGGAAUUGUCAGAACCAGCAACGGUUAGGACAGGUCUAAGACAAGGAGAUGCGCUAUCACCAAUAUUGUUCAACCUAAUAUUAGAAAAGGUAAUCAGAGCAACAAAUUGUAACAAUGGAAUAGUAUUGGGAAACUCGAACAUAAAUAUCUUGGCUUAUGCGGAUGAUAUAGCGAUAUUAGGAGAUACUGAAGAAACGAUUAAACAAGUAUGCAGGAAACUCAUCACGAUGGCUAGUAAGGUCGGACUGGAGAUAAACGACGAAAAAACAGAGUACAUGAUUGUAAGUCGAAAAGACAGAGAAUAUCAACAAGGACAAUCUAUGAAUGUAGAAGGGCAUGUAUUCAAAAGAGUCACACAUUUCAAAUACUUGGGGCACUUGAUAACACAAGAUAACGAUCUGAAGAUGGAAGUCAGUAGUAGGAUACAAAAAGGCAGCAAAAGUUUUUUUGGUCUUGGAAAAGUACUGAGUUCAAGAACAUUAUCGACAAACCUGAAGAUACAAAUGUACAUGACCCUGAUACGACCCAUAGUACUGUAUGCCGCGGAAACAUGGCCACUUAGGAAAGCAGAAGAAACCAGACUAAAAGUAUUUGAAAGGAGAAUCUUACGGAAAAUCUACGGCCCAUGCUUUGACACAAACACAAGUGAAUGGCGUAAACGUCAUAAUAAAGAACUCGAAGAGCUGUUCCAGAGACCGAACAUCGCGAAUGAAAUCAAGAAAAGAAGAUUAAACUGGGCAGGACAUGCAUGGCAGAGAGUAGGAUCCAUAGUCAGAACAACAAUCGAAGAGAACCCGGUCGGUAAGAGACCCUUAGGAAGACCACGCUUACGCUGGGUAGACUGUGUAAAAAGGGACGUGGAAAACAUUGAACCAGAGAUACCAUGGAGAGUAGUUUCAGAAAAUAGAGAUAGAUGGAGAGAAAUUUGUUUGGCGGUUUGGUCUCAAUGA